AUGUACCAUGGUAAAAGGUCUGACGCAAAGACACCUUCUGGUUUCGCGGCAAACGGCUCAACCUCGCGGCGCUGCUGCAGCCGGACAUCUGUCAGGCUGACCACGGCGGCGCCCUUGCUCUCUCGAAUUUUCUUGCGCAACAGGCCUGCUCAGUGGCCCUGUUGGUCACGAGAGAGGAGACAAUAUGCAAAUUUGCAGCCGCAACACGGAGUCCUGCGUCCGUUUGUGCAACGAGGCCGGACCAAAGGCUGCGGCGCACAGGCUUCGGCCUCGCCAACGCCGCGAAACCGCUGCGUUCUGCUUGAAGAUUCAACGAAAAACUGA